CGCGGCAGUGCCGUGCGGCGGGGCGUUGCCAUGGCAGUGCGGCAGUGCCGUGCGGCGCGUAAGCGGGCGGCAUGGGGGGUGCGGGCAGCGCGCUGUCCCGGGAGGCGCUGCGCGAGUACCAGGACCUGACGUUCCUGAGCAAGCAGGAGAUCCUGCUUGCCUACAAGAGGUUCAGUGAGCUGCUGCCAAAGGAGGAGAGGAACAAUGCCUGCUCCGCACGUGUUCCCAAGAGCCAGAUCCUGACACUGCCCGAGCUGCGGGCAAACCCCUUCCAGCACCGGAUCUGCCAUGUGUUCUCCACUUCGGAUGACGGGGAUGACAGCAUGUCCUUUGAGGACUUCCUUGAUAUGCUGAGUGUCUUCAGUGACUCUGCUACCUCAGACAUCAAAUCCCACUAUGCCUUUCGUAUCUUUGACUUUGAUGACGAUGGGACUCUGGACAGAAAGAACCUGGAGCAACUGGUGAACUGUCUGACAGGGCAAGGCGAGGAGUCCCGGCUGAGCACUGCGGAGAUGGAGCAGCUCAUCCAAAACAUCCUGGAGGAGUCUGAUAUUGACAAGGAUGGCACCAUCAACCUCUCCGAGUUCCAGCACGUCGUCUCCCGCUCCCCGGACUUUGCCAGUUCCUUCAAGAUCGUCCUGUGAGAGCCCUACGGCUUUCAAGCAGAGCUGCUCUUCCCGCUGCUGCAGCUCUUUGUGAUCUCAGACAUUUCCUGUUUCAGCGAUGUCUCCUCUUUCUGCUCCUCACCAGCCUGGCAGCUCUGCACAGUGCCUUAGGCAGGACAUCCUCCUGUCCCCUUUCCACCAGCAGAGGUGGGGCCCUGGGAAGCUGCCUCCCCUGCAGCCGCUCCGCAUUCCCAGGAUCCGAUUUGAACUCUUCAUGCAACCCAAGGGCAGCUGCAUGGGCGGGUGAGACAGAGGUGCUCCCGGCUGGGGUCUGCAGUGCACAGCCCCUCUCUGACCUCAGGACCAAUUGGUGCCUUCCCCGAUUAGUCAAGGAGCUGCCUCUCCUUGCCAAGCCCCGGCCCAGCUCACCAGUCUUCCUGCUGCAACGUGGAUCCAUUUCUCUUUGCAAUAUCCCAAACACCAAUCCGUUUCUUUAUGCAAUAUCCUGAACGUGGAUCCAUUUCUCUAUGCAAUAUUCCAAAUGCAGAUCCGUUUCUUCAAGCAAUAUCCCAAAUGUGGAUCUGUUUUCCUAACCAGUAACCUAAACAUGGAUCCAUUUCUCCAAGCAAUAACCCAAACGUGGAUCCAUUUCUCCAAGCAAUAACCCAAAUGUGGAUCCAUUUCUCCAAGCAACAACCCAAAUGUGGAUCCAUUUCUCCAAGCAAUAACCCAAACGUGGAUCCAUUUCUCCAAGCAACAACCCAAAUGUGGAUCCAUUUCUCUAUGCAAUAUCCCAAACAUGGAUCCAUUUCUCCAAACAAUGACCCAAAUGCGGAUCCUUUUCUCUAUGUAAUAUCCCAAACGUGGAUCCACUUUGCCAACUGAUAACCCAAAUGCUGAUCCGUUUUCCUAAGCAGUAUCCCAGACAGCACUGUGGAUGUGUCAGCCGGCAGCAGCUCUGUCCCCCCUUGGCUGCACAGGACGUGGGAUGCCUUCCUUCCCUCGCAGGUGGGCACAGCGCCUCAGGGACCACAGCUGGGCUCACCCAUCCUCCUCUUUCCCUCUCUCCUCUUCUCUGGCUCAAGCCCAGCAGCCACUCUGGCUGCCCUGGCCUCUUCCUCCGGACACGAAUAAAGGGCUCUGGU